CCCGCGCGGCACCCCGGAAGCCCCAGGCCGCGGCGAUGAGGAGGUGCGGCGGCGGGGAGGCGGCGGCAGCGGCGGAGGAGCUGGAGACGGAGGGCGAGAGGCAGCUGAAGCGGCUGCUGCGCCACCAGCUGGACACGGCGGCGUCGCUCGAGCAGUGUGUGGCCAAGCGGCACCGCUUCGCGCCGGCGGCCGUGUACCGGCCCUUCGGGGAGGAAGCCGCGGGCGCCCGCACUCUGCCGGAGUUCCGGGCCCUGCAGGAGAGCAGCGGGGAAGCGGCCUCCCUGCAGGAGCUGGGCCUCUCCGACGCCGAGAUCCGCCUGUGGAGGCAGCGGGCCCAGAAGGGCCCUGGGCUUGGGGCAGCGCCGGAGGCCACUCGGGACAGGAUCCGAGCCAUCCAGGAAAAGAUUGCGGAGCGCCAGCGCAUCCUCUCCCUGCCGCAGCACUUUGCGGGCAGCAAGUCACUCAGCAGGCGUGAGAUGGAGAUUGAGAACGCCCUUUUCCAGGGAGCAGACCGCCAUCCCUUUCUGCGGAUGUUGUAUCGCCCAGAUGAAGCUCAGCCAAAGGUGGCUUCUGAGAUGGGCCCAACGUCUCAGCUGGACGCGGUUUAUCAGCAGCUCCUGAGCGAACCCUUGCCAAGCCAGAGGCCACUGGAACCACUAAAGUCUUCCCAGAAGGCACCUGGUUCAUCUUGCUCUGCCCCCUUCAGCAGCCUUGGAGCAGCAGCUGCACCAGCUGUGGAGCCUGUGAUGGUGACGGAGCCUGUAGCGUGUGUGCCAGAAGAGGAGAUUCUCCGGAGCCGCCUUUCCAGGGAAGAAAUCCGCCGGAUCCCCAGAUUUUCCUCCUAUAGCCCAGGGGAGCCAAGCAAGGUGCUGUACAUGAAGAAUCUGAGUCGCAACGCUACAGUGAAGGACCUGCUGCCCUUGUUCUCCCGCUUCCAAGAGAAGGAUGCGCCCCCUCUUCGUUUGCGCCUGCUGAGCGGCCGCAUGAGAGGCCAGGCCUUCCUCACCUUUCCCAAGCCAUCAGAUGGAUACUUAAAGUAGUUCUGGCUAACUGGGAGUGGGAGAUGCUUGCUUUGUUUCAGAAAGAGCCGGGUCUUUGGCAUGCAAGAUGGGUCCUUUACCCCCAGUGUGCAUCAAGAAUGACCCUGGGGGGAGAAGAGUGGCAGCCCAAGGCCCUCCGAGAAAGAGAGCCUCCAGUUGGGGGUUGGAGCUCUGCUUCACACCUCUCUGAAGUAAGGAGCAGGAGGAGAGGAGCAUCCCGCCUGCCAGAGUCAAGGAGGCCCAUGGGGGGUCGGGGUAGAGCUGACAGGGAAGCCCAUUGUCUCUUCUUCCACUCUCAGAGCAGGGCUGAACGAAGGAGGCUGGCCUGCUGGUCUGUUUUAGAAUAGAAUAGCAUUCCUUAUUGGCCAAGUAUGAUUGGACACACAAGGAAUUUGUCUUGGUGCAAAUGCUCUCAGUGUACAUAAACAAAAUAAAGAAUAUUCGUCAAGAAUCAUAAGAUACAACACUUAGUGAUAGUCAUAGGAUACUAAUAAGCAAUCAAAUCAUACUAGGAAACAAUAAAAACGAUAUAAGUUGUAAAGAUAUAAGCAACAUGAAUAUAGCCGUAAGUGGGAAGAGAUAGGGACUAGUAAGGAUGAAAAGAAUAUUAAAUCCUAAAAUGGACACCUAACAUCAAAAACGUCAUCAAAAAAGCACAACAAAGAAUGUUGUUUCUGUGCCAACUCAGAAAGCUCAAACUGCCCAAGGAGCUGCUGAUCCAGUUCUACAGAGGAAUUAUUGAGCCUGUC